AUGAGCGAAGACCCAAACGGCACGCGCUGGUUGAAAUCCGAAAAUAACGUGGGCCGCUCACUUCUCCUUCGGGGUGGUUGGACGGAAGGCUCUGGACUUGGCAAAGAAAAGGACGGCGUCACCACACAUGUGAAGGUGCGGCAAAAAGACGGCACGAUGGGAAUCGGCUACGCGGGAACUGUGCAUGAGACGUGGAGUACGCAGUCGGUGGCCUUCGCAGAUGUUUUAGAAAAGAUCAAAGCCGCCGUUUCUGUAAAUGAUGAUAGCGAUGCGGAAGGAGGGGGAUCCUCAAGCCAAGCGAAGAAUGAAGAAAGGAGUGAUGCUGGUGGAUGCGGAAAGGCAGCGAAACCGAGUGGGGGUCGCCACGUCGGAAUGUACGCCAAGCGCCAUGCCCUCAAAACAGAGUUUCUUCGAGCAAAGGACGGAAAAUAUUCCGAAGAGAUUCUCGGUUCUGCUAGCUUCUCGCGCAAACAAGGGCGGGUCAAGGAUAAUACCGUGACUGCUGAUGAUGGUGACGAUGUUGACAAUGCUGAAAGUAAAUCGGCUGAUAGCGAGAGCUCUCGCGCUAAGCGGAAGCGGCGGCCCGCGCAAGACGAGAAAACGGAAGAGAUUGCGUCAACAUUACGGUCUGCAGUGUUGCAACGGCUAAUGGUACGCACACCAAAGCACGAGCCGCGGCAGGUAUCAAAGGGGAAGGCCGAAGAUGGGGAUGGAAGCGUUGAUGAUGACAGCGACAGUGGUGAUGGGAAUAUCGUCCGUAUUGUCAAGCCGUACCCACGACCGCCAAAAUGCACCGAUACGCCUUUCAUCGAGUGA